GCGCAGUUAAAAUGAAACUCUAGUGGUUGGAGCCCGGGCAGAGCGUGAGGGGAGCCGGUGCUGGCGGUGUUACCUCUACUAUCGGCGCACAGCCGUGCAGACUGGACUCUCCAACGGGUCGCCAUCCCGAAGCUGCGGAAGCUUGGGUUCCCAGCCUGACGCGAACAGAGCCCGAGUCCCAGUCCCAGAGGGAAUCGCUCUCUGCACACCAGUGGAACCCCGAAACUUGAACGCAACCCCCCUUUUCAAGCCUUUGUCACUUCCCCGGCUUUCUCCCGACGCGUUCUUUUUUCCUCCUCUCCCAUUCUCCGAAGGACACAAAAGUGGCUUCCGCUGAAAUAUUAGGAGGCGGUGGGGAGAUUUUCCCUUUGGAGAGCGAUUGUGUAGAAAGGAUUUUUCGGGAAGCGGCUUUUUAACACCACUGCUCUCUGCUUUCCGAGCCUCUCUGUAAUCCUCUGAGCGCGAUGUACAAUACGGUGUGGAGUAUGGACCGCGAUGACGCAGACUGGAGAGAGGUGAUGAUGCCCUAUUCGACAGAACUGAUAUUUUAUAUUGAAAUGGAUCCUCCAGCUCUUCCACCAAAGCCACCUAAGCCAAUGACUUCAGCAAUUACAAAUGGAGUGAAGGACAGUUUCAUUUCUCUUCAAGAUGCAGAAUGGUACUGGGGAGAUAUUUCCAGGGAAGAGGUAAAUGACAAAUUACGGGACAUGCCAGAUGGUACCUUCUUAGUGCGUGAUGCCUCAACAAAAUUGCAGGGGGACUACACGUUGACUCUGAGGAAGGGAGGAAAUAAUAAAUUAAUAAAGAUCUAUCAUCGGGAUGGUAAAUACGGCUUUUCUGACCCCCUGACAUUUAAUUCUGUGGUGGAACUCAUUAACCACUAUCAUCAUGAAUCUCUUGCUCAGUACAACCCCAAACUCGAUGUGAAGCUGAUGUACCCAGUGUCCAGAUACCAACAGGAUCAGUUGGUAAAAGAAGAUAACAUUGAUGCAGUAGGUAAAAACCUGCAGGAGUUUCACUCUCAGUAUCAGGAGAAGAGUAAAGAGUAUGACAGGCUGUAUGAAGAGUACACCAGGACCUCUCAGGAAAUACAGAUGAAGAGGACUGCAAUUGAAGCCUUUAAUGAAACUAUUAAAAUAUUUGAGGAGCAGUGUCAUACCCAAGAACAACACAGUAAAGAAUAUAUUGAGCGAUUUCGCAGAGAGGGGAACGAAAAGGAGAUUGAACGAAUUAUGAUGAAUUAUGAUAAGUUGAAAUCACGUCUUGGUGAGAUUCAUGAUAGCAAAGUGCGUCUAGAGCAGGAUUUGAAGAAACAAGCUUUGGACAACCGGGAAAUAGAUAAAAAAAUGAAUAGCAUCAAACCUGACCUGAUCCAGCUGCGUAAGAUUCGUGAUCAACACCUUGUAUGGCUCAAUCACAAAGGAGUGAGGCAGAAGCGUCUCAAUGCCUGGCUGGGCAUCAAGAACGAAGAUGCUGACGAAAGCUAUUUUAUUAAUGAAGAAGAUGAGAAUCUGCCACAUUAUGAUGAGAAAACCUGGUUUGUGGAAGAUGUCAACCGAGUACAAGCAGAGGACUUGCUUUAUGGGAAACCAGAUGGUGCAUUCUUAAUUCGUGAAAGUAGCAAGAAAGGAUGCUAUGCUUGUUCUGUGGUUGCGGAUGGGGAAGUGAAGCACUGUGUCAUCUACAGCACUGCUCGAGGAUACGGCUUUGCAGAACCCUACAACCUGUACGGCUCGCUGAAGGAGCUGGUGCUCCAUUACCAGCAAACAUCCUUGGUGCAGCACAACGACUCCCUCAAUGUCAGGCUCGCCUACCCUGUCCACGCACAGAUGCCCUCGCUCUGCAGAUAAGCAGGGUGGGGAGAGACAUGGCUCUCCAGCAUUUUUCUAUGGUUUUAAUUAGACUACGAUGAGGGCAUUCUUUCCACGUAGACUGCUUGUUUUGCACAAGUGAUUCUGUGAAUGUGAAAUGGAGAGGCCGAGCAGUAGCUGGGCCAGGAUUUGGGGAUAAAUGAGGGGCCCAGGGUCUGGACUCAUUUGCGCUGCUGCACUCAUGAAACUGAGCUGGAAGCAGUUAGGGUUUCAUGGGUUUGUUUUCUUGUCAGCACCUUGAACAGAAGAGUUAGACUUGCCGAGGGUGGGGUGGGGUUUAUUUGGAAGCCUCUGAAGAGUCCAUGUCCUCUUGUCUUCAGCUCUGGGAAUGCAGGAGGUCAUUUUUGUUGGGAGUUUGCUUUGAUAGUCUCUCCCUGUAAGAAGCAGCUAACUUUGGUAAG